GAGCCACCCAGACAAGCACGGUGUGUCUCCAGGAGCCAGCCCUUGGCUGUCCCCGGCUGUCCCCGUAGCCUAGCCCCACUGCCCUCGGACCCCUUCCCCUGCACUGGGAUGGCGGAGGCCGGCCUGAGGGGCUGGCUGCUGUGGGCACUGGUCCUGCACUUGGCCCAGGGCACGCUGUACACGCCGAUCCACCAGCCCGGCUACUGCGCUUUCUACGACGAGUGUGGGAAGAACCCGGAGCUGUCUGGGGGCCUGGCCCCUCUGUCGAACGUGUCCUGCCUGUCCAACACGCCUGCCAUCCACAUCACAGGCCACCACCUGGCCCUCCUCCAGCGCAUCUGCCCCCGCCUCUACUCGGGCCCCAACACCACCUACGCCUGCUGCUCUCCUAGGCAGCUGGUGUCCCUGGAGGUGAGCCUGGCGGUCACCAAGGCCCUCCUCACCCGAUGCCCCGCCUGCACCGACAAUUUCGUGAACCUACACUGUCACAACACCUGCAGCCCCGACCAGAGCCUCUUCAUCAACGUGACCCGCGUGGCGGGGGGCGGGGGCGGCCGGCCCCCGGCCGUGGUGGCCUACGAGGCUUUCUACCAGAGCAGCUUCGCCCAGCGGACCUACGACUCCUGCAGCCAGGUGCGCAUCCCCUCGGCCGCCACGCUGGCCGUGGGCACCAUGUGCGGCGUCUACGGCUCCGCCCUCUGCAACGCUCAGCGCUGGCUCAAUUUCCAGGGGGACACAGGGAACGGCCUGGCCCCCUUGGACAUCACCUUCCACCUGCUGGAGCCGGGCCAGGUCCCCGGGAGCGGGAUGCAGCCUCUGAACACGGACAUCAGGCCCUGCAACGAGUCCCAGGGGAACGGCACGGUGGCCUGCUCCUGCCAGGACUGCGCCGCAUCCUGCCCGGUCAUCGCCCGGCCCCAGGCCCUGGACGCCACCUUCUACCUGGGCCGGAUGGCAGGCGGGCUGGCCCUCGUCAUCAUCCUCUGCUCUGCACUCGCCCUGCUCACCGCCUUCCUGGUGGGGACCCGCCUGGCCUCGGCCCGCCGCCGCCGGGACAAGAUGCCGGCCCCCAAGGCAGGCGUAAGCCUGUCUGACAGACUCAGCCUCUCCACCCACACCGUCCUCAGCCAGUGCUUCCAGGGCUGGGGCACGUGGGUGGCCUCGUGGCCGCUGACCAUCCUCCUCCUGUGCAUCGCCGUGGUGGUGGCCUUGUCGGGAGGCCUGGCCUUUGUGGAGCUGACCACGGACCCCGUGGAGCUGUGGUCGGCCCCCAGCAGCCAAGCCCGCAGUGAGAAGGCGUUCCACGACCAGCAUUUCGACCCCUUCUUCCGGACCAACCAGGUGAUCCUGAGGGCCCCCAACCAGCCCGGCUACCACUACGACUCCCUGCUGCUUGGGCCCAAGAACUUCAGCGGGAUCCUGGCCUCGGACAUCCUGCUGGAGCUCCUGGACCUGCAGGAGACGCUGCAGCACCUGCAGGUGUGGUCGCCUGCGGAGCAGCGCAACAUCUCGCUGCAGGACAUCUGCUUCGCGCCCCUCAACCCGCGCAACGCCGGUCUCUCCGACUGCUGCGUCAACAGCCUCCUGCAGUAUUUCCAGAACAACCGCACGCGCUUCCUGCUCACGGCCAACCAGACGCUCAUGGGGCGGACCUCCCAGGUGGACUGGAGGGACCACUUCCUCUACUGUGCCAAUGCCCCGCUCACCUUCAAGGACGGCACGGCCCUAGCCCUGAGCUGCAUGGCUGACUACGGGGGCCCGGUCUUCCCCUUCCUUGCCGUGGGGGGCUACAGAGGGAAGGACUACUCUGAGGCAGAGGCCCUGAUCAUGACCUUCUCCCUCAACAACUAUGCCCCUGGGGACCCCCGGCUGGCGCAGGCCAAGCUCUGGGAGGCGGCCUUCUUGGAGCACGUGAAAGCCUUCCAGCAGCGUUCAGCUGGCAGGUUCCAGGUCGCAUUCAUGGCGGAGCGCUCCCUGGAGGACGAGAUCAACCGCACCACGGCCCAGGACCUGCCCAUCUUUGGGGUCAGCUACAUCGUCAUCUUCCUGUACAUCUCCCUGGCCCUGGGCAGUUACUCCAGCUGGCGCCGAGUGCUGGUGGACUCCAAGGUCACGCUGGGCCUGGGCGGGGUGGCGGUGGUCCUGGGAGCAGUCACGGCGGCCAUGGGCUUCUUCUCCUACCUGGGCGUGCCCUCCUCCCUGGUGAUCCUUCAGGUGGUGCCUUUCCUGGUGCUUGCCGUGGGGGCCGACAACAUCUUCAUCUUUGUUCUGGAGUACCAGAGGCUGCCUCGGAGGCCCGGAGAGCGGCGAGAGGAGCACAUCGGCCGCGCGCUGGGCAGAGUGGCCCCCAGCAUGCUGCUCUGCAGCCUGUCUGAGGCCAUCUGCUUCUUUCUCGGGGCCUUGACCCCCAUGCCAGCUGUGAGAACUUUUGCCCUGACCUCCGGCUUUGCGAUCGUCCUUGACUUCCUGCUCCAGGUGUCCGCCUUCGUGGCCCUGUUUUCUCUGGACAGCAGGAGGCAGGAGGCCUCCCGGUUGGAUGUCUGCCCCUGCAUUGGCGCCCCGAAGCUGCCCCCACCUGACCAAAGCGAGGGGCUCCUGCUCCGAUUCUUCUGCAAGUUCUAUGUCCCACUCCUGCUGCACCGGGUCACGCGCGUGGUCGUGCCGCUGCUGUUCAUGGGCCUGUUUGGAGUGGGGCUCUAUUUCAUGUGCCACAUCAGCGUGGGACUGGAUCAGGAGCUGGCCCUGCCCAAGGACUCAUACCUGCUGGACUAUUUCUUCAAUCUGAACCACUACUUUGAGGUGGGGGCUCCAGUCUACUUUGUCACCACGGGGGGCUACAACUUCUCCAGCGAGGCGGGUAUGAAUGCCAUUUGCUCUAGUGCGGGAUGCGACAGCUACUCCUUAACCCAGAAGAUACAGUAUGCCACCGAGUUCCCCGAGGAGUCUUACCUGGCCAUCCCCGCCUCCUCCUGGGUGGAUGACUUCAUCGACUGGCUGACGCCAUCCUCCUGCUGCCGCCUUUAUGCCUUUGGUGCUCAUAAGGGCGAAUUCUGCCCCUCGACCAUCAACUCCCUGGCCUGCUUGAAGAACUGCAUGAACUUCACACUGGGCCCUAUCCGGCCCUCAGAGGAGCAGUUUCACGAGUACCUUCCCUGGUUCCUCAGCGACCCGCCCAACAUCCAGUGUCCCAAAGGGGGAUUGGCCGCGUAUAACACCUCCGUGCAUUUGGGACCCAAUGGCCAGAUUUUAGCCUCGCGGUUCAUGGCCUACCACAAGCCGCUGCGGAACUCGCAGGAUUACACGGAAGCUCUGCGGGCGUCACGCGCCCUGGCGGCCAACAUCACUGCCUACCUGCGGCAGGUGCCGGGCACCGACCCGGCCUUCGAGGUUUUCCCCUACACGAUCACCAACGUGUUCUACGAGCAGUACUUGAACGUGGUCCCCGAGGGCCUCUUCAUGCUGGCCAUCUGCCUGCUGCCCACCUUCAUCGUCUGCUGCCUGCUGCUGGGCAUGGACCUGCGCUCGGGCCUCCUCAACCUGUUCUCCAUCAUCAUGAUCCUCGUGGACACUGUGGGCUUCAUGGCCCUGUGGGGCAUCAGCUACAACGCCGUGUCCCUCAUCAACCUGGUCACGGCGGUGGGCAUCUCCGUGGAGUUCGUGUCGCACAUCACCCGCGCUUUUGCCGUCAGCACCCAGCCCACCCGGCUGGAGAGGGCCAAGGAGGCCACCGUCUUCAUGGGCAGCGCGGUGUUCGCUGGCGUGGCCAUGACCAACCUGCCCGGCAUCCUCGUCCUGGGCCUGGCCAAGGCGCAGCUCAUCCAGAUCUUCUUCUUCCGCCUCAACCUCCUCAUCACCGUGCUGGGCCUUCUGCACGGCCUGGUCUUCCUGCCAGUGGUCCUCAGCUACCUGGGGCCUGAUGUCAACGCGGCUCUAAUGCUGGAGCAGAAGCAGAUGGAAGAGGCUGCCAGGGCCAGGAUGGCCUCCUGCCCGAGCCACCCGGGCGCGACGUCCACGGCCAGCAGCACCUACAUCAACUACGGCUUCGAACAUCCCGCCAAGAGUGGCCUUGACAGUUCUCUGCCCCACAGUGGACACGAGUUCUGAUGACACCGCGGGCCACUCGGGUUCCCUUCACCUGUCCUCCCCACAGGGUCUGGGAGAGGCUGUCCCCACGGGGGUGCCUGUGGUGGGACCUUCUCUGGCCACCAGGUUGUACCCAUGAGGACAUGAUUAUGCUGAAGGCGGCAAGCGGCAGCUUGGGGGUGACCUGUUCCUGUCUCUCGAACUUGGCGUGUCUUCCUCCUGCAAGUUUUUAAACUUUAAUUCCAUAUAUCUAUAUGUAAACAAUAUAUAGUAUUAUUUCACAUUUUAAAAU